AAUACUCUAACACUGAGAAAUCAACCCAAAUCACUAACUUUCAAAUAGCGUUCCUUCAUUGCCCGCCCAUCUCCUUCAGACUGCUCAAUCCCUAUACAACUACACGGGUUUCGUGACUGCCCAAGCGUGUGAAGGCCUUUCUGUCUCCUGAGGCAAUAAACAUUUGGGACGAUACUGUACACUGUAGCUUGUGUAAGAAAUGCUUUUACUGCAACCAGACUUCGGUUCACAGCCUGCUUCGUGUGCUUGGUACGAGCAUAACUAAAACAUUGGCGUACUUCUUAAGAUUUUGUUUUGCGUUUUAUUAUCAAGAUAUUUCGAGUUAGUUAAAGUUCCUAUUUUACAAUAUGGAAUCAAAAAGUUCAAAAGUCUUACCAGUACCUUCAGCAAUACAGAAUUUAUCUGUUAAACUCAACAGCAUUGACUCAAGUACAGUGUUUGUGGGCUUGGGGUUAGGGAUAGUCUUGUUGUUUUGUCUGGUGAUUCUACUUCUUAUCAGGCGUGUUCGGAACCAUAAACGACUAGCUCCAAUGACGAAAGACCGUGUAUUUUUCCGAGAGAGUCUGGACUCGACUGAGUACAUGAAAAUGUUGGCUUCCGUUGAUCGAAAGUUAGUUAUGGAAGAGAUCCUUGAGAAACGACGUCAAGCACUUACUAUUCCAGAAAUUGCGUAUGAUGACGUGAGAUACAUAGACGAAGUUUUUGUUGACAUCAGAGAACUCACAAGUGAAAACAGAGAAAACGAAUGUAGCAAAAUUAUUUACAGAUAGCUUUCUUUUUUCAAUUCGCUGAUAUUCACACCCCGAAAUUACACAAAACCAAUAUACCUUUAAAUUAAGUUUUUCAAAGUUACGUACAUCGUAAAAUAUUAAGAAUUAUUAAGAAUUGAAACCCUUUUCCCAAAACCAUUUGGCAAGAAAAUAUCGCAAGGAAAAAUAGCUGUUAUUUAAGUACUCGUCAAAUUACUGGCGAAAAUUAAAUUCAUUGAUCUCAUUCUUGCUCCUAAAAUGAGGAUUUAGUUAAGGUUAACUAAAAGUGAGCCAAAUAUUAGAAACGCAACCAAAGUUUUUUUUCUUUCUUACAUACAGUGAAAUUCGACAUCUGAUUGAAACUAAUUUCUUUUGUAAGGAACAUAAAAUAUAUAUUUUACAAGGAAAUGAUUCAUUGAAAAUAUAUCGUGGAGGAGGUUCUGUACAGUCACCAGGGAAAAUUAAUCUCGCAUCAUUUAAGUUAUUUAAUAUAUGUUGGAAUUAAGUUUGAUGUUUUCCAUGAGUUGAAAAUCCCAAAGAUUAAAAUCACUAAAAAAUUAAUAAUUUUGAUCCUGAACGUAAAUCUCUUAUAAUGGAGCAUGACGUUAAAAUAGUUUACUGAAAAACUUGUUUUCUUCUACCUUUCGGAGCUAACCAGGGCGUGAUACGCAUAUUCCAGGCAAAGAAAAAUAAAUUAACUACCGAAAAUUUCAAUUCGCAAUGAUUCGCUGAUGCGUAUAUAAGUCAUUUAGCAGUACCACCUGACCAUAUGGAAGUUUUCGAAGAUGACUUGUGACCUUUACUACAGUGGUCGCUAAAUGUAACCCCCCCCCCCAAAAAAAACGACAACAAAUGGUCCCAUUAGAUGUACUGUUAUUCAAAAAUCAAACAACGAUUCGGACGAAAAUUAACAACUUGUUUUGAGCAUCUAAUUUUAUUAUUAGUAAAUGUUUUUGUUUAUUGUGGUUGCAAAUUUUUACAUCGGAAAAACUUUAGUCUGGAUUAUAAUCCCACUGUUUGUUAACAAAAUAUGUACACUUUAAUAACGUAUUUGCGAAACAAAUGUUGCUUUUGAGAGCAGCAGUACUGUCUUCUUGAUGAUUUUUUAAAGCUUAAAGCAUUUUUGAAAUGUUUGUUCUAAGAGUGUACAAUUUAACUUCUAUAAUCCUUACAUGCAUUUUCCUUAAUUGAAGAUUUAAAAUAUCCACGAUGUUGGUUGUUUAGUUUUAUUCUUUCUCAGGAGUUUUAAAAGAUUUAAUAAGUUACUAGAACGUGUGGUAGAUUUUAUACUUUUAUAUAAAAUGUUUGAGUGCUGAACGACCUCAUGUAGAUGUG